AUGUUCUGCUCUUCUCGACCCCCUGCACCCGAGAGAGAAAAAAAAAAGAAGGAACCAAGCAAGCCGCCGGCCCCAGCCUUGAGAAACCGGUGAGAAAGCUUGGAUUUCUCCUCCUUUUCUUGUUCUUGAACCCAGAAAUUCUUUCCCCUUGCUGGAAAAGCCGGAUCUGCCUUGCUCUGCUUCUUCACCACCGGCUGCUCUUGCCUUGUGGGGGCGAAUUGGCUUGGUUUUUUGUUCCCGUGAGUUUCUCCCCUGCACUUGCCGCCAGCUUCUCCCCCCUGCUAGGCCCGGUUCUGCUAGCUGCAAAUUCUGGUAUGUGGCAGCUUCUUUAAGUGCAGAUUUUAGCCAUUUAAUUGCUGCCCUUUGUGUCCGAAAUUCUAGAUUAAUUAGGGGAGAAAAUUGAUAGCUUUAAGACCAUGAUUUAGCUUGAUUCAAGUGGAAUUUAUAUGAUUGAGUGUUAAUGGACUGCUAUGUGAUUUUUGGAGAAAAUCCCGUGAGAUUAGCUAGUGUUUUGGCCAAUUUGUGGGGGUGGAGUUACUGUUCACGUCGGGUACUGUUCACGGGUACUGUUCACCGACACUGUUCACACCCCGAGGGCCAACAUUUAACGGGAAUUUAAGUGAUUAGUUUGUGAUAUGAGAACGAAUUUGGAGAUGCCCGAUUAUGUGGAAAGUUCUUGAUCGUUCUGUCAGUUAGCACUGAGAUUGAGUGCUCGAUUUUAUGGAGUGAAUUCUCAGUUUUAUGCAAGUGAGUGGGAGGUUUAUAAACGCUAGCACAUGUCGACAUGUUAGUGAAAGAGCCGGUUCGUUCAACCCUGCUAGUGGGGGUUAUACACCAGCAAAUCGUGUGCCCGCCAGUGGGAGGUUUAUAAACACUGGCCGUGACCUAUAGAGGAGACGUCUAUUUCAUGCCCGUACUGUAUCUGUUUUCGUGACUGUACGUGUUGGCAUGCUUUAAGUUUGAUAAGGGGCACUCCAUAUUUACUUACUGAGUUUAUCUCAUAGUUUUUCCUUGUCCACCAUUUUAGGAUGUGAAACCGAGGACGGGGAAACCACGGGAAGUGAGGAGUUAGAAGGCUAGCCUUAUUGUAAUUGGAUAUAAAUUUUAGAAAUAAAUCAUGAUCUUGUAUUAGGAGAUUUUAUGAUAUCAGAGAGAUUUUAUAAUUUGAUUUUCAGAUU